UGGCACUUUUCAGUCAUGCUUUCUCUGCUGAAAAAAGUGUUUCUUUGUGAGCACCAACCAAACUGUAGGGGCGAGGACUUAAACUUGCAGGAGACCUUGAUUUGUGAAUUUUUCAGUAACUUUGUAAACUUUGCAGAUACAGUAUCUCUGUGUGGCAUAAACAGUAAGCUUGCCGGUGAUAAUGAUGUAACCUGGUAUGGAAUAUCUCAACGGCUUGGAUGCGAUCAACUCUAUCUCAUUGGAGGAUCUUUUGGACUCCGUGAAUUUGCUCAGAUAAGAUACGAUGUUCACAAGCUACAUGGCAAGGUUGAUCCAGCUUUGAAAGAAAAAUUAAAACAGAACACUGUGACACUGGAAUCUGAAUAUGAGAAGCUGGAAAAAUCUAACUUGGAUAACUGGGAGAACAUCAGAGGACCCAGUCUGUGGGAAGAUUCCAGGACAGUUCAGAAACAACGGCGGGAAGCUCUCCGUCUCAAGACUGAGUGACUGAGAAAGCCACCUUUGGUGCCUCUGGGAAAAAAAAAGUCUCAUGCUGGACUGUCUUAAUUUUUAAUCCAGUGUCAGGAAGAGACAUGGGAGCAUUUGCACUGAACAAUUCAGCUGGUGUAUAUAUAAGUAACAGUGAGAUCAGUCCAAAAGGCACUGUAUUAUAUGAAGCUCUUUGCAUUAGUUUGUAUAGAGUACCACAGGCUGUAUAUGUGAAUUUUCAAUUAAAAAAAAGCUGAUUAUUCUACUGA